GCGGAUCUAGCGGAUCUAGCGGCCAGGACGGGGCCUGGGGGGAAGCUUCAUGGCACACUCAUGGGCACACUCAAAGGGCUGUGCCUAAUUCAGUGGCUUUUGGUAGUUCUUUCUGAGUGGAGUCGAGUUCAAGAGUUCGGCAUUCCCAAACCCUCAGCACGUUCUGUACACGUGGCUGUAUUUGAUCCUACGAUCAAUCAGUUUUGGAUACAUGGAGGAAGUUCUGAUGGAGUCUUGCCGGACUUGUGGUCCUUCGAUUUCGACACAGGGACUUGGGAUCGCAAGCAGCAACUGACCCAGUCACCUUCUCCGAGAAUGGACCAUGUGGCAGUUUGGGAUUCUGAUGAUUAUGCCCUGUGGCUUCAUGGUGGCUAUGAUGGUGUUAGCUAUUUCGAUGACCUAUGGAGAUACUCAUCAUACACAUGGACAAACAUCAUGGUCGGAGGCCCUUCGGCACGUAGUCAGCAUGUCGCUGUGUGGGAUGCAUCGAACCGGGCCAUUUGGGUCCACGGUGGACUCUGCGACUGCAGCUUGAAGCAAGACCUCUGGAAGUUCGACACGCGACAGGGCACCUGGAGUCAAAUGCCCGAGAGUGGCAACCAACCUUCUGCGAGAUCAAAUCAUGUGGCCGCCUGGGAUAGCACCAAUCUGGCCCUAUGGAUUCACGCUGGAUAUGAUCGAAGU